AUGUUGCCUAAGCAACAGAUGGGAGGUUCUGUUUGCAACGCUUCCAUAGAAACUGUCAACACGGAGGCCACAGAUCCAAGUGAGGCUAAAAAGAUUGUACUCAAUGCAGGACGAAGUGAAAAGGUGAACGUUUAUGUUCCACCUUCCACGCUCAUGGUGCGGGAUAUUCAGGAGCAAAUUCCUGCUGAAUAUUUCCAGCGUAGCAUGUGGAGGAGCUUUAGCUACCUUAGCCGUGACAUGUUUCAGCUUUUCCUCACAUUCGUCAUCAUGUACAAUUUUGUGCUUCCCAUGCUGGACAGUUCCCUUCUGAAUGCCGUUCCACCCGUGGCUUGGCUCUCGCGAGCUGCGGCAUGGAUGAUAUAUUGGUUUAUACAAGGGCUUAAUGGUACGGCUCUAUGGGUUCUUGCACAUGAAUGUGGUCAUCAGGCAUUUUGCAAUUCCCGUAGGGUAAACAACGCCGUGGGGAUGAUUCUUCACAGCGCUUUGCUUGUUCCGUAUCACAGCUGGCGUCUUACUCAUGGCACUCACCAUAAACACACCAAUCAUCUCACGAAGGACCUCGUUUUCGUACCUGUGCAGCGCUCAGCCGUGGGAGAGGCGGUGGAGGAGGCGCCCAUUGUUAUGUUGUGGAAUAUGGCACUAAUGUUCCUCUUUGGUUGGCCCAUGCAUUUGCUUGUCAACGUGGGUGGUCAGAAGUUUGAUCGCUUCACUUCCCAUUUUGACCCCAACGCACCGUUCUUUCGUCGCGCAGACUAUAAUAAUGUUAUGGUGUCGAAUAUGGGAGUGCUGCUUACAUUGUCUAUACUUGGUGCAUGCAGUUGGAGUUUCGGUUUUGCCGUGGUGGUGCGCUGGUACCUCAUUCCGUACCUUUGGGUAAAUUUCUGGCUUGUGUACAUUACGUACAUGCAGCAUUCGGAUGUAAGGUUGCCGCACUAUACGCAUGAUCAUUGGACAUAUGUGCGAGGCGCUGUCGCUGCGGUAGACAGAGAUUUUGGUCCGUUACUGAACAGCUGGUUACAUCACAUUAAUGAUUCACAUGUGGUGCAUCAUCUCUUCAGUCAGAUGCCACAUUAUAAUGCCAUUGAGGUAACGAGGAAACAUAUUCGAGAUAUUCUUGGGGAUUUGUACGUGACGGAUGCGAAGCCGUUGCUGAAGUCCCUGGUGCAUACAUGGCGUGAGUGCCGUUAUGUCGUCCCUUCGGAGGGGAUCUGCAUUUAUCGCAGUUAA